CGGGUCAGCGGCUGCUCAGGCUCCACCGGCUCCGCGCACCUCUCCGAGGCGGCGCGCGAGCGCGAGCAGGGGCGGGACUGCAGCCGGCGCCGAGGGCUGGAGGAGUCCCUCUCCGCAGCGGGCAGCGGGCCCCCAGCUGCGGUAGCAGCUGCCGGCUCCGGGAGGGGCCAGCCGGCGCUGGGUGGUGGAGAGCCGUGGGGCGGAGGCUGCGGCCGCGGGCCGGAGGGAGAGCUUGCAGGCAGCAUGGCGGGGCUGCGGGCCGGGCGGGGCUCGGGGCUCGGUCUGCUGGCGCUGUCCACGCUGGGCUUCUGCUUAAUGCUGCAAGUUAGUGCCAAGAGGCCCCCCAAGACGCCCCCUUGCCCGCCCAGCUGCUCCUGCACCAGGGACACCGCCUUCUGCGUGGACUCUAAGGCAGUGCCCAGGAACUUGCCCUCCGAGGUCAUCUCUCUGACACUGGUGAACGCUGCCUUCUCGGAGAUCCAGGAUGGAGCCUUUUCCCACCUGCCACUGCUGCAGUUCCUGUUACUCAACUCCAACAAAUUCACUCUGAUUGGAGACAACGCCUUCACAGGACUGUCGCACCUGCAGUACCUCUUCAUUGAGAACAAUGAUAUCUGGGCACUAUCCAGGUUUACCUUCAGAGGACUCAAGUCUUUGACACACCUCUCACUGGCCAACAAUAACCUGCAGACGCUGCCUAGAGACAUCUUUCGGCCCCUGGACAUCCUGAGUGACUUGGACCUGCGUGGCAACUCGCUCAACUGUGACUGCAAGGUGAAGUGGCUGGUGGAGUGGCUGGCACACACCAACACCACAGUGGCCCCCAUCUACUGCGCCAGCCCGCCCCGCUUCCAAGAGCACAAGGUGCAGGAUUUACUGCUGCGGGAGUUCGACUGCAUCACCACGGAUUUCGUGCUGUACCAGACCCUGUCCUUCCCAGCAGUAUCAGCCGAGCCCUUCCUUUACUCCAGCGACCUCUAUCUGGCUCUGGCCCAGCCAGGUGCCAGCGCUUGCACCGUACUCAAGUGGGACUAUGUUGAACGGAGGCUUCGAGACUAUGAUAGAAUCCCAGCCCCCUCUGCAGUGCACUGCAAGCCUAUGGUGGUGGACAGCCAGCUGUAUGUGGUUGUGGCCCAGCUGUUUGGUGGCUCUUACAUUUACCACUGGGACCCCAACACCACGCGCUUCACCAAGCUGCAGGAUAUUGACCCGCAGCGCGUGCGCAAGCCCAACGACCUAGAGGCCUUCCGCAUCGACGGGGACUGGUACUUUGCAGUGGCCGACAGCUCCAAGGCCGGCGCCACCAGCCUCUACCGCUGGCACCAGAAUGGCUUCUACUCUCAUCAAGCCCUGCAUGCCUGGCACCGCGACACUGACCUGGAGUUUGUAGAUGGCGAGGGCAAGCCACGGCUGAUUGUGUCGAGCAGCUCACAGGCACCCGUCAUCUAUCAGUGGAGUCGCACUCAGAAGCAGUUUGUGGCUCAGGGUGAGGUGACCCAGGUGCCUGACGCCCAGGCUGUGAAACAUUUCCGUGCGGGCCGCGACAGCUAUCUGUGCCUCAGCCGCUACAUUGGUGACUCCAAGAUCCUGCGUUGGGAGGGUGCUCGCUUCUCCGAGGUGCAGGCCCUGCCCUCCCGGGGCUCACUGGCCCUGCAGCCCUUCCUGGUGGGUGGCCGCCGCUACCUGGCUCUGGGCAGCGACUUCUCCUUCACGCAGAUCUACCAGUGGGAUGAGGGGCGACAGAAGUUUGUGCGGUUCCAGGAGCUGGCUGUGCAGGCCCCUCGGGCAUUCUGCUACAUGCCUGCUGGGGAUGCCCAGCUGCUCCUGGCCCCCAGCUUCAAGGGACAGACGCUCGUGUACCGACACAUAGUGGUGGAUCUCAGUGCCUAGUAGGGUGUCGUGGCCUCUGGGGAGUGGCCACUGGAGGCUAAGUAGGAGUCUAUGUGAGCCACAUAUGUGCCCGUGUGAAGACACAUUGUAGCCAGCCUGCAUUCGUGCCCUCACGUAUACAUACGCAGCCCCAGUGAGCAUGGACACACACCGUGAGCUAGCCCAGGGAGCCACUUCUCAUAGUUGUAAUAAGCAUGAAGACGUGUAUAUGCACCAGUCAACCCAGCGCCUGGUGCCUUCCUGUGCGUGGACACCUGUCAAACCUGUAGGACCCCCUCAGUCUGUUGCCUUCCACACACUCUGGCCCCAGGGUUGGGAGGAAGGCUGAACUUCCUCUCCUAUUCUCCUAUUCUUUGGCUUAUCCUGUGACUACCUGGUCUCUCCUGUUGGUGCUCCAGGUGUCCAUUUACCUGCUCCUGUUCUACACUGCAGCCCACAGCCACAUCCUUCAUACUGCUGGGGUCACUCACUCAUGUUACGCUCCUUCUGCGCACACAUGUGGACACUGGUAGACAGUCUCAGGGACGUGCACACACACGUCUAUAUUCUGUUUCUGUGAGCAUACGUGCAGAUUCAGUGCUGCCUAAAAGGGCUCCCCUCCAUUACCUUGCCUCUCUUCUUACAGAAGGCACAUGGUACCUGUCAUCGGCUCACCCCUGGUGUGCCCACCCUCUAGGCAUCAGCUUAACCUCCUGGGGCCAGUGUCUCUGCCCAGAGCAAUAACAACAUCCCCAGCAGGCCCCAACUUCUUGCCAGGCCUUUGUUCUUACAGGGGUUUCCUUCUCUGACCCUGAAGCUGGCUCAUGCGUGGAGACUACCCAGGUGAAAGCCUUUCUGCUUUUCUUCCCUGUAGCUGCUGCAGCCUCAGACCACACUCCCUACUUCAGCUGCAUCUUGGGGGUACAGCUCCUGAGCUGUGCUGGCUCCUUUGGGUGGGCCCAAGAGCUGGCCAAGCCAGGGACCCUGCUAUCUGGGUGGGUGCCAAGAGUGGAGCUGUGCUGGAGAGCGUCUUGGAGACCCUGGGACCUUACCAAUCCUCAGAGGCAUGCCCCAGGGGCACUGCCUUCGGAGCCUGCUGAGUGUCCUGUGGGAGCCGCACCUCAGAGCCAAGCUUCUGCUGCCCUCUGCUGCCUGCUGGAAAUAGGCAAGGCUGGUGGAGGAGGCAGGCUUUGGGAAACUUCCCUGUGCCCAGACAGUGUGAGGGCCUCCUGGGGUCAGGAUAUUCAGGGCACUUGCGAGCAAUUUUAUGAUUCAUUUUCCUCAAAUAAAAGGUUUCCACCCCAUUGCCGGCUCUCAGGUGCCCAAUGUCAGCAGCAGCAGUUUCAUUAAGAACAGAUCCACGGCUGUGCUUUUGUCCUUGCUGUGCGCAGGGGCCAGUCCUGGCUUUUGGACUCCCUUCUUCCCUGCUCCGUUCCCUGCUCCGUUCCC